AAAAUGGUAAAAAUAAAGUGUUGCUUUUACAGACAGCUUUUCUACGAUGGUCAUCAACAGCUGGCGUUGAAUUUAGCAUCAGCGAUUGGUUGUUCAGCGCAACCACCUCCUCCUUCUGAUAAACUGUUUCGUUUGGUAUCUAUGGCUAAACAGUUUGUUGACGAACCUGAAACUAAGGAUAAAGAUAGCCUUAUGCUGUUUCAGAUAGAUAUAUCCUCUGGUCUUGAUUUGGAAUAUGAUGCAGAUAUUGAGCCUACAUCGCCAGAACCAAGCAUGUAUGAAACUAUUUACUUAACAGCCCAUAAAUCUCCUUGUCGUGCUUCGGCAUUCACAUCUGAUGGUACUUUAUUCGCAACAGGAUCAGCAGAUUGUUCAAUUAAAAUUAUGGAUGUCGAGAAAAUUAUCGCUCGCGAAAUAAGAGGUGAAGUAAAUUUAAUGGAAAAUGGACCUGAUGCACAGCAUCCAAUUAUAAGAACUCUUUAUGAUCAUAUAGAUGAAGUUAACUGCAUUGCUUUUCAUCCACGCGAACAAAUUAUUGUGUCUGGAGCUAAUGAUUUCACUGUAAAAAUGUUUGAUUUUUCAAAGACUGCGGUCAAGCGCGCAAUGAAGACUAUUUUUGAGGUUGAACCAAUACGAGCCCUUUCAUUUCAUCCAGCUGGUGAGUUUUUGCUUGUUGCAACGAACCAUCCAACUUUGCGAUUAUACAACAUUGAAACUCAGCAAUGUUACGUCUGUAGCGUUCCCACUGAUCAGCAUCGUGAUACGGUUAUGGACGUAAGCUAUUCUGAAAAUGCUCGUUUAUAUGUAACGGGGUCAAAAGAUGGAGAUGUGAAAGUCUGGGAUGGUAUAUCAAAUCGCUGUGUCGAAACAUUUCAGCGAGCCCAUGAUGGUGCUCAAAUAUGUAGUGCUUCUUUUACAAGAAACGGAAAGUAUAUUUUGACUAGUGGGUUAGAUAGUAUCGUUAAACUUUGGGAGUUGUCGACAAAUAGAUGCCUUAUAGCAUAUACUGGAGCCGGGGCUACAGGCGCACAAGAAUAUCCUAUUCAUGCUGCAUUUAAUCAUAACGAAGAUUAUGUACUGUUUCCCGAUGAAAAGUCAGGUAGUCUUUGUUCAUGGGAUGCACGUAACUCUGAUAGGAAACGAUUACUUGCGCUCGGGCAUACAGCAGCAACGAGAACAUUUAAACACUCACCAACAAUGCCUGCUUUCAUUACUGGGAGUGAUGACUUCAGAGCUCGAUUUUGGUAUAAAAAACUUGCAUGA